AUUUCUUACCUGGUUCCUUCUUUACUUCGAACGAAGGACAGCAGACCCCGGCUAGCCCGGACGUCCGUCUGAUCAUCUCGAAGUUUCUUUCUUUUACUUCCCUACAUUUAUUUUAUUUUAUUUUUAUUUUUAUUCAUCGUCUACUUCUCUUUCCCUUCUUGAACAUAACGGUGCUGCGGAUUACUUUAGUCUUAUUUUUAAUUUAUUGUUUAUAUUAUUUUAUUUUAUUUUUAUUUUAUUCAUUUUAUCUAUUUUAUUCUUUUUCUUUUUUCUUUACUUUUCUUUUUUUGUCUUCCUUCCCAACUACAACAACACGCAUACAAUACAAAACCCAUACGCACACCCCCUAACAUAACCCCCCACCCAUAAAACCCGAGCUACCUACUCUUUUAUAACCCCAUUCUCUACUGAUUGUCUCUUUUGCUUGCUUGCUUGGGAGGUCUUGGACGAGUUUACUGGUUAAAAGGGGUCCGUCAUGCUGUCUUCGCCGUCGACCGGCCUUAGUAACAUACCGCCCCCAUCGACGGCCGCGGCCACGGGCCCAACCAUUGCCACUAGCACCACUACCUCAGCUCCUCCCGUACCUGGUCCUGGCCCUGCAGCGACAGGGGCUUCUCUCAAGCGACCUGCUGCAGCCGACCUGCAGCGCAGUGCCGGCACAAGCGCCACUCCUUCUAAAAGACAAGCUACUUCCGGUUCCAGGACGAAUCCGAUCCCGAACCCAAGUCCCUUGGCCUCCGCUGCUACUAAUCCUAUUACUGCUGUUACUACUGCUGCUGCUGCUGCUGCUUCUGGUUCCGCUGCUGGUCUAUCGUUGUCUUCAGCUUCGGCCCCUCCGACUGCUACCGCACCUCAUACCUAUCUUCAACCUCAAGCUGUCAUGUCAUUACCGCCUGUCGUCACCGAGGAACAACUUCUAGGAAGGACACCCGAACAAUUGAUCGCCACGAUCCUUCAGAUCCAGAUGCAACAUCAACAAUAUGUCGCCCACAUUUCGGCGCAAUUUGAUACUAUUAGCCAACAACUAAACGACCUCCGUGGUAGCUUAGUAGCUUCUCACCAAGCUGCUGCAUCUGCACUCAGUUCCCGCGACACCUCUUCUGUACGGCCCAUCGUACCCCCACCACCCCAACCGCAACAACCAGUCGCUACGUUUUCUCGGGGGCCACCGAUUCCUAUGCAAACGCCAAGCCGCCCUGCUAGACCUCCGGCUUCUCCAUCCACUUCUCAACCCCAACCUAGACCGAGCGUGCAAACACCUUUAUCCGGCCCACCACAAUACAAAUAUGGAACUGUCGGCACAGUGGAAGAUGUUUGGAAAGAAUAUCGUGAGGGUAUGGAUGGCCAACCUGCAGUUGAAGAAUUAGACGCUACGUGGGGUUCGCGCUGGCGGCCCGAACCACGAGGUCGCACGUGGUAUUCGAGACGAAAGGUCAUUUGGGACAAAAUCAAGGAAUACAUGGCGGAGGGUCUGGAUGAAGAAGACGCGGUGCGAGAAGUAGAGAAGUUGCGCGAUGGAAACACCAUCAACAAGUUGAUUCGGAUGCUCCAAGAUGAACGAAAGGAGAAGGGAAUUGGAGAUGAUAGUAUGGCUGGUUAGGACGGCCUUUGUGUCCCUUUUUUUUUUUUUUUGCUUCGGAACUGGCGUUACUGGGGAGCGGCAUUGAUACCACUUAUCAUAUAUGAGAGGCUGCAUUUACGGGGCUAGUUACAAGAGGAUCACGACUGCGAAUUCGGCAUGUCAUCAUUGUCAUCAAGAGGGUUUCUUAACGGGACCUACGGCGGCGUGCUUUAUUGUUCGCUGGCAGAACGAAAAAAGAAAGCUGGUCGAGGUCGGCGUCUAGGCGAAGAUACGUGGUAAUGAGUAACCAUUACGAUGCCAUUUUUUUUUUUUUAAGGUGGUGGACAGGAACAUGACAUUACUUGAUCAUAUAGGCACUUAACCUACCUAGUCUACCAAGCAAUUGCAAAAAGGACAUGCCUUCUUAACCACCUGCUUGCAGGUUGC